AUGUGUGAGACUUCUAUUAACUCUUUAUGCUGGCAGUGGGUAUAUAUAGGACGACCAGCUUCAUCAUCUCAGAGUCUCAAUAUCACAAUGGCUCAAACUUCGCGCGUCGAACUCCAAAAGCACAAGUACUGGGAUCAGGUUCAAACAUUACCGAAAGACCUCGCCUAUCUGCUUCAACCUGAUGUAGAUUACACUCAAAAAUCGACAAAAAAAGAAGAUCUCCGAGACAUGAUGAGGCAUUUUGGUAUUGACCAAAAACAAUAUCCUGCUAGUCUCUUGAAAGCCAAGCUUGUCGAACGUUACCAGCAGCUCCUUUUACCUGAUCUUCAACCCUUUAUCACCCAGGUGGAUACUACUGCGAAAAAAACAAAAAAUGCACACACCCUUCGAGAGGCUCCCUUCCUCCAGCCAACCACCUUGUCACCUCAAACCCUUCGCUCGGCGAUCCUGACCAAGAUCAGGAGUAGCUUCGUUCCCCAGGCCUUUUCAAAAACCGCGCUUACCAGACUCUGGCGACACGCAUUCCACCCGCUUCCGAAAUAUACUUUCGCCCCGGUUGAGUUCUAUACGCGCCCACAUGUCUGUACCAACGAAGCCGAUCUUGCUACUAAGGGUCGCGAGUGGCUUUGGCACGCUUUACAAUGUGAACAUCCUGAGAUUUUUAUACCCCUUGUGGCUUGUACAGAGCCUAUCCUACGCGCCUUGUACAAACGAUUCGUCCUCGAAAAGACCUCAUUAGAUGAGCUUUGUUAUGGAGUACACUACUACAUAAGUGAACCCGAUUCUCCCAUACAUAAUAAUUCAGAGGGUAAAAAGCACGAGGAAUCAAAUGCGUCUGUCCCAUUGGUCGCCAUCAACGCGGAAGAAGAUGGCCCCAUGGACCACUCCUUAUGA